ACCCUCGACGGUGGCAUUGAGCUCGAAAAGCUCAAUCGAACCGCAGACGGCCCAGAAAUCGAACCAUGUAUCAACGCCAUCGGAGAAGAAGAAGGCGAAAGAGACCCUUAUUUGCUGGUUCAACCGGUCGGUUUCUGGUUUAAAGAAAACCCUAUUACGUUGAAAACUUUUUUUCUCACUCUCUGCUCGUUUCUGAGUUUUCCCGCCAUGGAAUCCAUGGAAAUCGACUCCGAGAAGGCUCACCAACGGAGGCAGUCCGAUUACAGUAGCCUGGAUGAGAGAUUCGAGAUACAGAAGGAGAUGUACAGAGGGCAGCAAUACAGCCAGAUUUACUUUGCUCGUCUUCAUCUCAUGAGAACUCUUCUCUACUCCCUUGCCCCUACCUGGAAACCCGAUUUGCCUGUAUGUAAGGUUUUGGGACUUGAAGAAGGAAAAGAGUGCAUACUCGUAGGAACCUUGUUCAAACACAUGAAGCUUAAACCCUGUGUUCUCGAUGAAUAUUCUAAAGAGAGGUCAGUGACUCCGCUUGUUAAGCCUCAUAACUUUAUGCACCCUGAUGAUAAUCUGAUCCUAGAAGACGAGAGUGGGAGAGUUAAGCUUGGUGGCUCUGCACUUUCACCCGCAAUAUAUGUGACAGGUGUUGUUGUUGCAUUGCAUGGGAAGGAGACUAGUGCUGGUGAAUUCUUUGUUGAAGAUGUACUAGAAGCUGGAUUGCCACCUCAGAUAGAACGGCCUUUGGAUCUAAAGGAAGAUAAGUACGUUGUGUUAUUGUCGGGCCUGUGCAUUGGGAGCAAUUUGUCUAAUCCCCUGCAGUUUCAGCUUCUUGUUGACCAAAUAACUGGACAUCUCGGAGAUGAAGAGGAACAAGGCCUUGCAGCACAGAUAGUUCAUGUGGUAAUUGCUGGAAACUCUGUUGAAUUUCCCCGUAAACUCUUUAGUGGACAGAACGUGGCCUCGAAAGAUCAAUCAACACUGUAUGAGCCCAUCAAAGAGCUUGAUAUCAUGUUAAACCAGAUAGCUGCAGGAGUUUCAGUAGAUAUCAUGCCAGGCCUGAACGAUCCAGCUAACUUCGCAUUGCCUCAACAGCCUCUGAACAGAUGCCUUUUCCCUGGAUCAGCACCUUAUAACACCUUCAGAUCAUGUACAAAUCCCCACUCGUUUGAUGUCGAUAAUGUCAGAUUUCUUGGAACUUCUGGUCAGAACAUCGAUGACCUUGACAAGUACUCAGAGGCUGAAAGCAAGCUUGAUUUUGUGGAAAGAACGCUGAGAUGGAGACAUCUUGCUCCCACCGCACCUAAUACACUCGGUUGUUAUCCUUUCACCGAUAGAGACCCUUUCUUGAUUGAAACUUGCCCUCAUGUCUACUUUGUUGGGAAUCAAGAUAAAUUUGACAACCGUUUGCUAAAAGGUUCAGAAGGGCAACUGGUCCGGUUGAUCUGCAUUCCUAAGUUCUGUGAAACCGGUAUUGCUGUUGCGGUGAACCUAAGGAAUCUGGAGUGUCAUACUAUUAGCUUUAGCACUCAGCUAAAAGCUAAGUCAGCUCAAAUCCAGCACGUGAACCGGAAAUCCUCCGACGAGUUGCUCCGGAAGUUCGCCGAUCCUGACGUCGACGAGUCAAAGUCAACGAAGCGCCGGAGGAAAUCAGCUUCGAACUCUCGAGAGAACGGCGUUGACAUCGAAAGCAACACUAUUGGCUUGGUGGAGAGGAAACGGCUCUUGCUUGCUCCGGCGAGUAAACGGAGGUCUCUGUUUCUCCGUCAGCUUGCUUCUGGAAAAUCACAUCUCAGAAACAAGUCACUCGUCAGAACUAUCGGCAAGACAUGGCGUAAAACAAUGGAAGGAGCGUCUAGAGUUUUCAUCGAGAAGCAUUAUAACAGACACAGACGUCUCAUCAACGACGUCGUUUAAUCUUCUCCAACUUUGUUUAUUUUAUUUUUUAUGUUUUACAUCCCUUUUUAUUUUGUAGUAUUCUUAAACGAGAAUCUUUGACGUCGUUUGUAUUAUUAUUAUUAUUUUUUUAUAUGUAUAAGAUUCGUUUGUAUUAUUAUUAUUAUUUUUUUUUUUUGAACUUUUUCGUGGAUUCGUUUGUAUUAUUCUCAGUUUUUUUUUCUGCCAGCUAUUAUUCUCAGUUAAUAUUUGGUAAUUUCAUCA